GUAUACAAGUACCUAGUGAUAUCCACGCCCAGAAGUCGCCGUUACGGUUAAGUAUGCGAAAUGUGACAACCGCGAACCGAAGUCCACAUUCAAUUGACAAGAACUAUCCUUUCAAACUAUUUAAAUGAUGCUGAACGGUGAAACAGAGGCUAAAACACUCAUGUCCAACUUCACAGCCACCACUUUGCUGCGCCACUGCGAGACUGCUUGGCUUUUCACAGAAUCUGACUUCAAAACACUAGUUUUUCCAGUGAUCGUAUUUGCAACCGUUGUAUCUCCUCGUCCCGAACCGCUAGCCCUGGCAUGCACUGCGUGCUGGCUCUGGUUCCAUCUCUUCCAAUUCAACGUCUCUAACCAUUCCUACUCUGCUGAUGAAGAUAUCGUGAACAAACCAUGGCGUCCUUUGCCGUCUGGGCGCAUUAGCGUCGAGGAUUCUCGUGCCUUGCGCUGGGCGCUCCUUGUUUUCUGCUUGGGCCUUUCAUCCGUUUUCAGCUUAAAUCUGUUCAUAACUAGUGGGGCGUUCACUGUGCUGAUGAUCCUCCACAACAAUCUUCGCCGCGGCCACCAUCCCAUUUUCAGAAAUUUAUGCAAUGUAGCGGCUUAUGUGACUGCUGGAGUUGGUUGUUCAUUGAUUCUAUCUGGGGAAUCUUCGCUUGACGGAACGAGCAUAAAAGCUCUCUCUUGUAGCGCGCUUGUCGUCCUUCUGACAAUUCAUGCGCAGGAUGUCGCCGACGUCAAUGGCGACGAAAUCUGCUGAUUGUGGCGCCCAA